GAUCACCAGGGGCACAAAGUUAUCAUUGUUGGGCUGGAUAAUGCAGGGAAAACUACCGUCCUUUACCAAUUUUCUAUGAAUGAAGUUGUACAUGCAUCACCUACAAUUGGAAGUAAUGUAGAAGAAAUAGUGAUUAAUCAUACGUGUUUCUUAAUGUGGGAUAUUGGUGGACAAGAAUCUCUUCGUUCUUCCUGGAACACAUACUAUACUAACACAGAGUUUGUAAUUGUUGUUGUGGACGGUACAGACAGAGAAAGAAUUUCUGUAACUAGAGAAGAACUGUAUAAAAUGUUAGCCCAUGAGGACCUAAGGAAAGCUGGAUUGCUGAUUUUUGCUAGUAAACAAGAUGUUAAAGAAUGCAUGACUGUAGCAGAAAUCUCCCAGUUUUUGAAAUUAACUUCUAUUAAAGAUCACCAGUGGCAUAUCCAAGCAUGCUAUGCUCUUACUGGAGAGGGAUUAUGCCAAGGACUUGAAUGGAUGAUGUCACGAUUUAAGAUUAGAUGAUUUCUACUGACCUCUUCUCAUAGACUUUGUAUAAACCAAGUGCUGGACUUUAUCUGAAAGCUGCAAAAAUUAAUGGUUUAGAUAUAUUUAUAAUAAACUGAUUUAAACUUUUUCUAUAAGAAGAAAAAUUAAGACCACUCAUUUGAAAACAAAGAUGAAGUCUCACUUUCCAAUCUGCUUUCUCAUUAGUCCCUUCCAAAGCAAGGUCUUUAAGGCUGUGAUUGCCAUUUUUCUCGUAAUGAAUCCUCUCAGGACAUUGUGUAGCCUCUGGUAAGUACAAAGGGAGAAGGAGACAUUUUUAACUUUAAGUGCUUUAUUGUCAGUAUAAGCCUCCCUAGUUGAAUGUUGUUCUCUUCUUGUUCCAUUAAGUCAGACUACAAAUCAGCACAUAUUCAGUUUCCAAUAUUUUAAAAUGUAAGGUUACUUAUGAAAAGUAUUUUACAUAAGGUUGUAUAUCUAAUGUGUAUAUACUUCAAGUUCAAGUUUAUGGCUUUGAUUUAUGUUCCAAAGAAAAGCAAAUAACACAAAAGGUAAUACUAUCCUUAGUUAUAACCAUAAUGAGAUGAGUACUGGCAGUGGUGUUAAGUGCCAUUUUGUGCUUUCCCCUGUGUACUCUGUAUUGUACUAACCAACCCACAAAAUUAUUGAGCUGCUCUUA